CCUUUUUAUUUAUUUAAAUGUUUAUUUUUUUAAUAUGUAACAUCUGGGUCACAUUUCCAUUGUGCAGAGCACAACUUACCCCUACCUAAUAACACAGCACGGUUUUGGAAGAGUUGCAUGUGUUUGUAGCUUUGCAGUGUUGGGAAUUUCCCUGGGGGCAUCUGGUUGCAUGGAGGCAGAAGGAAGCUUUGAACUGGUGACAUAUCAUGUAGUGAGCCUGGAUAGAGAGCUUGGGUCCUGCUGACAUCUUGCGGGGAUGUUAAUAUCUACCAAUUUGGGGGAACUGUGAGGGACCUCUGAGCAAGCCCCUUCCCUCUUCUACCCUUUGCCUGUCUCAGAGCUGGCAUAUGGAGCUUAAGCACAGUCUUUGGCUCUAUUUAGAUACCUGAACUGGGUUUGGAGGGAAAGGAUAGUCCCAUCUAGUUGGGGUCUUUUAUUUUUCGUAGUUAGUGUUAAAGCGUUCCUUCAUUCCCAGGUUUAGGACUCUAAGUGGAGGGGAAGGAGCUGGAUAGCUCAAGAUGGGUUCUGCAGAGAUGCUCUCUGUCCCUUAAAAGUUGAGAUGUAGAGGAGUUUAGGGGAGAGGUCCAAGUUAAAGAUUACCCCUAACCCCAUAUCCCUGCUUUAGGAAGAAGAGGGAGAGAAGGAGGUAUGGGCUGUCUAUGUUUAGGCUGUCACAUGAGUGGCAUUCUGGAGGUGUGAUUGUGGAAAUCCAGGUCAUUGAAGAUUAAAAGAACUGUGUAUGUGUGUGUACACCUAGGUCCCUAGGCCUGCAUUCUUUUUGCACAGUGUCCAUUUUCAUUUAUGUGCUUGACUCAUCUCAAGUUGCAGCUCUCUCUUCAGUGGCUACCCUGCCUUUUGCCAUGAUUAUUAACCUAAGACCUGCCCUUUCUUUGUAAAGCUUAUACUGCCCUUUGGAAAUACAAAGUUAUAUGGAUUAGGUGUUGGAGGGUUCCAUGAACAGGGAGCAUAACUACUUUGUCAGGGCUGAGGCAUUUGUGAGAAUUGGAGCUUCUCAUCCCCUACUCCAGCCAGGAGGCAGAGAAUACUAAUUGAAAUGAUCAGGUUGGAGCUAGUUUUGCAGAGAUUAAAGAAGGAAACAGACAGGACUAAUCCUGGUGUCAGAAGGAAUCUCAUUGAGUGACUGGUUUCUCGGUGGAAGUAGGACCACCUGGAGUCACUAAAAUUGGGAAUCCGCCUAGAGAGAAAAGAUAUCUCACAAAAGUGGAUCCAGAUGUUAGUAUUUUUGGACCUCAGUGACAAUUGCCAAUAAAGCUAGGAGGUUCUUGUUUUCCCUCAUUAAUCUCUUGAGCUUCUUGACUGUCUGUAUGUUUGGCUGACUCUUACUCCCAUAGGUUUUUUUUUUUGUUUUUUUCGUUUGUUUUUUUGUUUUUUUUUUUACCAUGAACUUUCUUCAGAUGAGCUUCAGUGGUUACUAGAGAGAGCAUUCUAGUUCCUGUUUAACCACAGUGCUCAGAACACUUGAAGUUCCAUUCUAGGUAUAUGACUGUAGGCAUUCUGGCGAUGGUGGCAUAGUAUAAAUCCAGUGUGAGGUUGUUGCCACAUUAGUAAGAGCUGGGUGUGAGGCUCAACUUUUGGACCUCUCUCCUUUCUGGGUGGAGCUUUUGCUGAAAAUGAGAGCAGGAGGCAUGAGUGAUUCAUCCAAGUGGAAGAAACAGAAGAGAUCCCCCCGGCCUCUGCGCCAUAUGACCAAAGUCACACCGGGUUCAGAGCUGCCCACCCCCAACGGAACUACCUUAUCCUCUAACCUCACUGGGGGAAUGCCCUUCAUUGAUGUGCCCACUCCCAUCUCUUCUGCAAGUUCAGAAGCUGCCUCAGCAGUGGUCAGCCCCUCUACAGACAGUGGCCUGGAGUUCUCCUCCCAGACCACCUCCAAGGAAGACCUCACUGACCUGGAACAACCUGGCUCUCCAGGGUAUAGCACAGCUACAGAGCCUGGCAGCAGCGAGCUGGGGAUUCCUGAGCAGCCUGAUCCCCAGCAGGAAGGGAUUCAUGUGGAAAAGGCCCAGUCAGCAUCCGUGGAAUCCAUCCCCGAAGUGUUAGAGGAGUGCACAUCCCCUGCUGACCACUCUGAUUCUGCUUCUGUUCAUGACAUGGAUUACGUCAAUCCCCGGGGUGUACGCUUUACACAGUCCUCCCAGAAGGAAGGUACAGCAUUGGUCCCCUAUGGUCUUCCCUGCAUCCGCGAACUCUUCCGCUUCCUCAUCUCCCUCACCAAUCCACACGACCGCCAUAAUUCAGAGGUUAUGAUCCACAUGGGAUUGCAUUUGCUGACAGUGGCUCUUGAAUCAGCCCCUGUAGCCCAGUGCCAAACCCUGUUGGGCCUCAUCAAGGAUGAGAUGUGCCGCCACUUACUCCAGCUACUCAGUGUAGAGCGACUAAACCUUUAUGCUGCUUCCCUGCGGGUAUGCUUCCUACUGUUUGAGAGCAUGAGGGAGCACCUCAAGUUCCAAUUGGAGAUGUACAUCAAAAAGCUUAUGGAAAUCAUCACUGUGGAGAACCCCAAGAUGCCUUACGAGAUGAAGGAGAUGGCACUGGAGGCCAUUGUGCAGCUCUGGCACAUCCCCAGCUUUGUCACUGAGCUCUAUAUCAACUAUGAUUGUGACUAUUACUGUUCCAACCUCUUUGAAGACCUCACCAAGCUGCUGUCCAAGAAUGCCUUCCCUGUGUCUGGUCAGCUCUACACAACACACCUCCUCUCUCUUGAUGCCCUGUUAACAGUGAUUGAUAGCACUGAGGCCCAUUGCCAGGCCAAAGUCCUCAACAGUCUUACCCAACAAGAGAAGAAAGAAGCAGCUAGACCUGGCUAUGAGACAGUAGAUGGCAUCCGAGAAGCCAGCAAUACUGAGAGAGCAGCCAACGACAGGAAACCUGUAGGCAUAGCCCCAGAUGUCCCAGGCCUACAUUUACCAGGUGGAGGGCGGCUGCCAGCAGAACACGGGAAGCCAGGAUGCAGUGAUCUGGAGGAAGCUGGUGACUCUGGGGCUGACAAAAAGUUUACCCGGAAGCCACCUCGAUUUUCCUGUCUCCUGCCAGAUCCACGGGAACUGAUUGAAAUUAAAAACAAAAAGAAGCUGCUAAUCACGGGCACAGAACAGUUCAAUCAGAAACCAAAGAAGGGGAUCCAGUUUCUGCAAGAAAAAGGCCUCCUCACCAUCCCAAUGGACAACACAGAAGUAGCCCAGUGGCUCCGAGAGAACCCUCGGCUGGACAAGAAAAUGAUUGGAGAGUUUGUGAGUGACCGCAAAAACAUUGACCUGUUGGAGAGCUUUGUAAGCACCUUCAGCUUUCAGGGUCUGCGGCUGGAUGAAGCUCUUCGUCUCUACUUGGAAGCCUUCCGCUUACCUGGGGAAGCACCAGUCAUCCAGAGGUUGCUGGAGGCAUUCACAGAGCAUUGGAGGAAUUGUAAUGGCUCCCCAUUUGCCAAUAGCGAUGCCUGCUUUGCCCUGGCCUAUGCUGUCAUCAUGCUUAAUACUGACCAGCACAACCACAAUGUUCGCAAACAGAAUGCACCCAUGACUCUAGAGGAGUUUCGCAAAAACCUAAAAGGUGUGAACGGAGGCAAGGACUUUGAGCAAGACAUUCUGGAGGACAUGUAUCAUGCCAUCAAGAAUGAGGAAAUUGUGAUGCCUGAAGAGCAGACAGGCUUGGUUCGGGAGAACUAUGUGUGGAAUGUGCUGCUUCAUCGAGGUGCCACCCCAGAAGGCAUAUUCUUGCAUGUGCCUGCUGGCAGCUAUGAUCUUGACCUCUUCACCAUGACCUGGGGCCCCACUAUUGCUGCUCUCUCUUACGUCUUUGACAAAAGCCUUGAGGAAACAAUCAUCCAGAAAGCCAUCUCGGGCUUCAGGAAGUGCGCCAUGAUCUCCGCCCACUAUGGCCUCAGCGAUGUAUUUGACAAUCUCAUCAUAUCUCUGUGCAAAUUCACAGCUCUCAGCAGUGAGUCUAUUGAGAACCUGCCUAGUGUGUUUGGAAGCAACCCCAAAGCCCAUAUUGCAGCUAAGACGGUAUUCCAUUUAGCCCAUCGUCACGGUGACAUCCUGCGGGAGGGCUGGAAGAAUAUCAUGGAGGCCAUGCUGCAGCUCUUCCGGGCCCAACUGCUACCCAAAGCUAUGGUGGAGGUAGAAGAUUUCGUGGAUCCCAAUGGCAAGAUCUCUCUACAGAGGGAGGAGACACCAUCAAAUCGAGGAGAGUCAACAGUGCUAAGCUUUGUGAGCUGGCUGACACUAAGUGGUACUGAACAGUCUAGUGUGCGAGGCCCAUCCACUGAGAACCAAGAGGCCAAAAGAGCAGCCUUAGACUGUAUCAAGCAAUGUGACCCAGAAAAAAUGAUCACAGAAAGCAAGUUUCUUCAGCUGGAGUCACUGCAGGAGCUCAUGAAGGCUCUAGUCUCAGUGACACCAGAUGAAGAGACAUAUGAUGAGGAGGAUGCUGCUUUCUGCCUGGAGAUGCUGCUGAGGAUUGUGCUGGAGAACAGGGACCGUGUGGGUUGUGUGUGGCAGACUGUUCGAGACCAUCUGUAUCACCUAUGUGUCCAGGCACAGGAUUUCUGCUUCCUUGUGGAGCGGGCAGUGGUGGGGCUGCUGCGCUUGGCCAUUCGACUGCUCCGCAGAGAAGAGAUCAGUGGCCAGGUGCUGCUCUCCCUGCGCAUUUUGCUACUAAUGAAGCCCAGCGUGCUGUCCCGAGUCAGUCACCAGGUAGCCUAUGGGCUCCAUGAACUCCUUAAGACCAACGCAGCCAACAUCCACUCAGGUGAUGACUGGGCCACCCUCUUCACGCUACUGGAAUGCAUUGGCUCAGGCGUAAAACCUCCAGCUGCACUGCAGGCCACAGCCAGGGCUGAUGCACCUGAUGCUGGGGCCCAAUCAGACAGCGAACUCCCAUCCUACCAUCAGAAUGAUGUGAGCCUGGACCGAGGAUACACUUCUGACUCAGAGGUCUAUGCUGACCAUUGUAGGCCUGGCAAGAUCCACCGAUCAGCCACAGAUGCUGAUGUGGUCAACAGCGGUUGGUUAGUGGUGGGGAAGGAUGACAUCGAUAACUCCAAGCCAGGUCCUGGGCCCAGCCGGCUAGGCCCUUCACCCCUGGUCAAUCAGUACAGCCUAACAGUGGGGCUGGACCUCGGGCCACAUGACACUAAGUCCCUGCUUAAAUGUGUGGAAUCUCUGUCGUUCAUUGUGCGUGAUGCUGCCCACAUUACACCUGACAACUUUGAGCUCUGCGUCAAGACUCUCCGCAUCUUUGUGGAGGCCAGUCUGAAUGGCGGGUGCAAGUCCCAGGAGAAACGUGGCAAGAGUCACAAAUAUGACAGCAAAGGAAACCGCUUCAAGAAGAAAUCCAAGGAAGGCUCAGUGCUUCGGCGGCCUCGAACCUCCAGCCAACAUGCCACUAGAGGUGGGCAUAGUGACGAUGAUGAGGAUGAAGGCGUGCCUGCCAGCUACCAUACGGUGUCUUUACAGGUCAGUCAGGACUUGUUAGACCUGAUGCACACCCUACACACGAGAGCGGCCUCUAUCUACAGCUCGUGGGCGGAGGAGCAGCGCCACCUGGAGACAGGUGGUCGGAAGAUCGAAGCAGAUUCACGCACCCUCUGGGCCCACUGUUGGUGCCCUUUACUGCAGGGCAUCGCCUGCCUGUGCUGUGAUGCCCGGCGCCAGGUGCGGAUGCAGGCACUGACCUAUCUGCAGCGAGCACUACUGGUACAUGAUCUGCAAAAGUUAGAUGCCCUGGAGUGGGAGUCCUGUUUUAACAAGGUGCUGUUUCCUCUACUGACCAAACUCUUGGAGAACAUCAGCCCUGCAGAUGUGGGUGGGAUGGAGGAGACUCGAAUGAGGGCUUCCACACUGCUCUCUAAGGUCUUCUUGCAGCACCUGUCUCCGCUGCUGUCACUCUCUACCUUUGCGGCCCUCUGGCUGACCAUCCUGGACUUCAUGGACAAGUAUAUGCAUGCAGGCUCCAGUGACUUACUGUCAGAGGCCAUCCCUGAGUCUCUGAAGAACAUGCUCCUGGUGAUGGACACAGCAGAGAUUUUCCACAACGCAGAUGCCCGAGGAGGCAGCCCCUCAGCCCUCUGGGAGAUUACCUGGGAGCGCAUUGACUGUUUUCUGCCCCACCUACGAGAUGAGCUCUUCAAGCAGACUGUCAUCCAGGACCCCAUGCCCAUGGAGCCACAUGCCCAAAAACCUAUGGCCUCAGCCCACAUGGCUCCUGCUGCUGGGGACACAAGGACACCUGGCCAUCCACCUCCUCCAGAGAUGCCUUCUGAGCUGGGGGUCUGUGACUUUGAGAAGCCUGAGGGCCCUCGGCCUGCCAACAGCAGCUCCCCUGGAUCACCAGUGGCGUCUAGCCCCAGCAGACUGAGCCCUACUCCAGAUGGGCCUCCUCCCCUGGCUCAGCCCCCACUGAUCCUGCAGCCCUUGGCCUCCCCACUGCAGGUGGGUGUACCACCCAUGACUCUGCCCAUCAUCCUCAACCCUGCUCUCAUUGAGGCCACUUCACCAGUGCCCCUCCUGGCUACACCCCGCCCCACAGACCCCAUGCCCACCUCUGAGGUCAACUAAGGCAGGCUCCUCAGAGAUCAGGACCAGUACUUCCUAUCAGGCUGUCCUCGGCCACCCUCCCACCUGUCCCAAGGGCCACAAACUUCUCAGGCCCAGCCUGAGCUGCUGUCGCUGCUACUUGGAUGGGGACCUGAAAAAGAAUUUUUAUAGCCCCUCCUGGAAUCCACAAUCAGGCUGAGGAACCUUUUUCCUUUGCUCUCCAUUCCUGGGGUUCUAACCUGAGAGCGCACUCAGGUAUUGCCUGCAGCCUGGCAGCCCUGGGGAGGCAUCUCUAUGCCAGCCUGCAGUGCCUGCCCUCCUGCCCCUCCUGCCCUGUGGUCAGGCAUUGAUAGCCAAGCCAACCAUUCUGCACUUUGUGUCCUUCUCCCAUCUCCAUUCCCAUCAGCCCUGGGCCACCUCCUCCAGUUCUUCCUCUUUUAUUAAUUAGUUGGUCGGUUUGGAGAGUUGAUUGGCACCAUGGAGGGUUGGCAGGUGGGGCUGGACAGAGGGACUGCUACCCACAGGAGCAUGUACAUAUGGAAAAACAGGACAACAAUGGACUUUUUAUGAUGUAAUAAAUGUCUUAGUACCAAUGUCA